CAAGGGAAGUUCCUUGCAGUUUCUUUAGGGACAGCUAACUUUCCAAUGUUCUCUAUAUAAAUUUUGUUCACCAAGUAAUUGCUAAAAGGCAUCUAGCUCUCUGUUUUUUUUCUCUCUUGCUCAUUUCAUCAUCUGUCAUCUCUGUUUUCUCAUUAGUCUCCUCUCCUGUACAACUUUUUUCCUAGCUGAGCUUGUGUUAAGCAUACGCAGCUUCUCUUAGACUCAUUUUGCUUGAGUAAAAAAAAAAUCCUUGAAACCUGAAAAUGGGAGUUGGAGGAACUUUGGAGUAUUUGUCUGAUUUAGUGCACAACAGCAGCCAUAAACACAAAAAGAAGAAGCAAUUACAGACUGUGGAGCUCAAAGUCAGAAUGGACUGUGAUGGCUGUGAGCUUAAGGUCAAGAAGGCCCUCUCUUCUUUAAGUGGAGUUAAAUCUGUGGAGAUUAACAGGAAGCAACAGAAGGUGAGUGUGACAGGUUAUGUUGAAGCAAACAAAGUGCUGAAGAAGGCAAAGUCAACAGGGAAGAGGGCAGAGAUAUGGCCUUAUAUACCCUACAACUUAGUGGCACAACCCUACAUUGCCCAAGCUUAUGACAAGAAGGCACCUCCUGGUUAUGUCAGAAAUGUGGAGAACAUGAACAUGACCUCCUCCACUGGCACUGUCACAAGAUAUGAGGACCCUUACACCACCAUGUUCAGUGAUGACAACCCCAAUGCCUGCUCUAUCAUGUAAUAGCAUCAUGGCAUCUUCUC